GGAACUACAAACUCUUUGGUGAUGUCUUCUCAAAAGUCUAUGCAAUCUUUUACCAAGACCUUUACAAGUACACAACAACCCCUAACCCAAACUACAGAGCAAGCUACUUGUCUUUCUAAGUCCAAGUUGGAAGAGUAUCCACAAACUACAGUGCAAACAGCUGUUAUCGAGAACGUUACCUCCCAAACGUAUGCAUUUUCACAUUCUGAAACCUCAACUAUCACAAAACCCCUAACUUCUGCAAAUGCUCCCUUACAAACAUCAACCCAAAUUACCACUGCAUAUGAGAAAAUACGAGCUACAACUGCUUUAAAGAUGUCAGAGCCUAAAAUGGACUCUACACUCAAUCCCCAACAGACGACUACUACGCCACAGUGGACAAUCAUGGACCCCCUAACAUCUGCAGAUGUUCCCUUAGAAACCUCAACCCAAACUACCCCUGCAUAUGAGAUUACUACAUGGCCUUUACGAACCCCAACCCUAACUACUACUCUAUCCCAACCAAAAGAGACAACUAGCAGUGACACAAGAACCCCAAAGAGCUCAACCACCACACAUCCUACAGUUACCACUGAUGGUUCUAGACACCUGACCCUAAGUUUCACCCACACCCGAAUGGGCAACUCGGCAACCACUGGUAGUUCGAGUUCUUCUCUAACUGCCCCAACUAGCAGCAUGGUGGACAGUCAACCAUACCCCAAUGACACGAAGGGUUACAUCAGCCGGAACAUCACUUCUGGUGAUGCACCUCAAACCAGUGGGGAUGGAAACCUGACGUCGGUGUGGCAUUUGGCGGCAAACACUGUACUGGUGGCUUUAGCGACCUGCGCUACCAUCACAUUCUGCUGCUGUUGUUCGGUGUUCGUGACUCUGAGCUGGAGAGGCCGGAGGCGAUGGAAAGGCAGGUUUUCCUCGGUCUCUCCGUCGUUCUUCAGCCUGAGCACCGUGUCUCUGUACUCCUGCCCCAGCAGCUGCUCCCUGGUUCCCUCCUCCACCUCAGCCCUCGCUCCAAGCGUUCACAUGUGCAGGAGAGCUUCCAGAACAUUUUCCCACUCGUACUCUUCCAUAUCCGCACGUGUCUUUUCCUGUUCCCACGCCUCGGUUUUCUGUAAAACACAGUGGCGUGACAAAGACAGGUCAACAGUGAAAGCGAAUGACUAAUCGAGUGGAGGAUAAACUCUAAAUGUUUGGUGUGCACUCUCAGAUGAGUUGCACCAAAUGCAAUGGUGAAAAUAAUGAAUUUACAAUUAUGAUUGCUGCAAUUAUCAGAUUGUACAAUAUGACCAAAAUUAAAUUUGGUAAAAGCAAAGGCACGCUGUGCAAUAUCAGUGGACUUUUAUGCCUGUGACUGUACGGUAUUACAUUUUACGUGGAAAAACAAUAAGUCUCCUCCGUAUGGGAAAAAAUAUAUAUUUUCA